AUGAGCACAAACAGUUCUUUUAUUAAGAUUGGUAUUAUCGGAAAGCCAUCUUGUGGAAAGAGCACACUAUUAAAUGCCAUUGCUGAUGCGAAUGCAAAAACAGGAAAUUAUCCUUUCACCACCAUUGAGCCAAACCAUGGAACAGCUUUAUAUAGAGCAAGCAUUCCAUGUCCUUGUGCAGAAUUUGAAUUGCAAAAGUUUUGUAAACCAAAGUAUGGAAAAUGUGUCAAUUCUGUGAGAUACAUUCCAAUUAGUGUGAUGGACGUUGCUGGAUUAGUUCCAGGCGCUUCUUUGGGAAAAGGCUUGGGAAACAAAUUUCUGGAUGAUUUAAGACAUGCACACGUAUUGAUUCAUGUAUUGGACGUCUCUGGAACCACCAAUGAAAAAGGAGAGAACUGUGAAGGAUAUGAUCCAAUAAGUGACAUUGAAUGGCUGGAAAAAGAAAUCCACGACUGGAUUUUUAAUAAUUUAUGGAGCAGAUGGGAUAGUAUUGUAAGAAAGCAUCGACAAUGCAAAAAUACUAUUACUGAAACAUUUUCACAACAGCUUAGUGGAUACGGGUGCAAUAGAAAAUUUAUUGUUGCAUUUUGUGACCAUCUUGCUCGAACAAUGACUCAACUACUUGAUGACACUGUGAACGAAGAAGAAAAAAGAAAUCUCUACUCCAAACACAUCAAACCACUCGACAAGUGGUCUGAAGAAGAUCUUCAUGCAUUUGUUUCUAUAUUUGUGGAAUUCAGGUUUCCAACUCUGUACGCGUUAAACAAGAUUGACCACAAAGCAAGCUCAAAAUAUAUUAACAAAUUUUAUGAGAAGUAUGAUAAUGAUAGAAUAGUGCUCACCUCAGCACUAGCUGAAUGUUUUUUAAAGACGAUGAGGAAAAAGGGAUAUGUUUUAUACAAUGAAGGUGAUAGUGAAGUGAAGACAUUUGAAGAUUUUGACGAAAAUGAUGAAGAAAGGAAAUUACUGAAACCAAUCACGGAUCAGAAAAAUUUACAAAUCUUACAAAACAUUAAGGAUUUUGUACUUGCAAGAUUUGAUUCAACAGGAGUUAUGGAAGCCAUAAAAAAGGCUGUAGAUCUUCAAGAGCCUGUAAUUAUUUAUCCAGUGAAUCAGAAUAUUACUCAAGUGUCAGAGCACAUGAAAGAUCGAGAGGGUGUAGAAGAUUUAAGAGUUUUCGAAGAUGUAGCCCUCAUGAGAUAUGGUAGCUCUGUUAAAAGUUUUGUGAGCAAAUUCUACCGUUCUAUCAUACCAACGGAGCAGCAAGUUAUUUCAGAAUCUGGAAAACCAAUGCUCCCUCCCUAUUACGUAGAAGGUAUCGAUGGAAGAAGGCUUGCUGAACAUCAUCUCUUUAAAAAGGAUUGCAACAAUAUCAUUCGAGUAGUAUUCACAGGCCAUUAA